GACAUUGGUGUCAGAGAGAUGAGAGUCACCGGUGAUGUGCGUGUGCGGAGGCCUCGCGGAGGAUAACGCAAGGUUCAUCCUCCUCGCUGUCGUCCUGGCAGCUUACAUGCUCGCAGGCGCGACUCUUUUCCAAAUACUAGAGGGUGACCUUGAAAUACGACAGGCUGCAGAAUUUUGGCGGGUGUAUCACGCUUUUCGAAAGCAUCACCUGCGUGGUAGUCCACUAGCGCUUCAGAGAUUACACGAACUUCUUUAUGCCUACGGAAAUGCUUCCUCUGCCGGUAUCAUUAACAAAAGACGACGUUGGGAUUUUCCUGGUAGCUUUCACUUCGUAGGCACCAUCGUUUCCACAAUUGGAUACGGAAGUACCGCUCCUCAAACUAUGGCAGGACGAGCAGCUGUUGUUCUUUAUGGAUUCUUUGGUUGUUCUGGUGGUAUCCUGUUCUUCAAUCUCUUCCUUGAAAGGAUCAUCACAUUUCUGGCUUGGAUUUUAAGAAGUAUUCACUUGUACCGCGUAAGAAAGCAUCUUCGACAAAGUUCGACAUCUUCUCGACGAGUAUCCAGGUUAUCCAAUCCAAGAUCGUCUCUUCCGGAUAUCCUCGAUGAUGACGACGAAGUCAGUUUAGAACAGUGGAAACCAAGCGUUUAUUGGGUCAUGUUAUAUCUCUUAUUAGCAUCUUGUCUUACUGCAUGCGUUGCUGCUGCGGUUUAUGCACCGCUAGAAGGCUGGGAAUACUUCGACGCUCUCUAUUUCUGUUUCAUUAGCUUUACCACCAUCGGUUUCGGUGAUUUUGUCAGUACACAGAAGAUGAAUUAUCCAUAUGUCCAUUGGUAUAGAUUUGCCAAUUUUGUCUUCCUUGUUAUCGGCUGUUGCUGUAUUUAUUCAUUAUUGAAUGUAACUUCGAUAAUUAUCAAACAAGGUUUAAAUUAUGUGAUAAACAAGUUACAAUGUGGUAAUCAAGAUCUUGCUGCGCCUCAUCUACCUAGAAGAAAAUCAUCCGUGUCUUCUAUAUAUUAUUCCAAACGUAGGUCUAUGAAACUCGUUGGUAAAGAUUCGAUUAGAGCUGCGGAAGACGAUUCCGAUGGUUCUAGACGUAUGUCUGGGGAAUUGAUCUCCAUGAAAGAUUUCCUCUCUGCAAAUAAAGUAUCCUUGGCUGUAAUGCAGAAACAACUUUAUGAGACUGCUCAAAUGCAAAAGGAUGGUUGUGGUCCAAUAGCAACAACUCCAAAUCAUCAGGCAUCGGUGUUCAAACCUGGUGCAGUUGGUCCUUUAGCGAUAGCUAGCGAAAAAUUUGAAAAUAAAACUUCAAUAAAUAGGUAGAAAAUAAGUUAACGAAUCGUAGCCAUUUCACUUACUAGAUUUACGAUCUUUAACUAGUUGUCUCUUUUUAGUUUUUACAAUACGCAAGUGCACUUUGUUAUUGUCACAUAUACGCAAUAUGUUAUUAUACAAUUACAACGUUUUAAAGUAGCCUAUUGAAAUAAAAUCUAAAUUACAAUUUGAUACGAUGGCUAGAUCGAUUGUUUUUCUUUUUUUUUUCUUUUUAUAAAAAUAUUUAGAUUAAAACUAUAAUUCUCGAUAAAUUCAAAUAUGUUUUUAAUUUAUUACUACGCAUCGCUAUAUAAUAAUAAUAAUUAUUAUUAUUAUAAUUUUUUUUUGUUUCUGCAUACUAUUCAGUGAAACGUGGUAGAGUAAGGAAACGAUACGUGUAGAAGCAAAAUGAUUGUGUCACUUCCUUCUCUGAUUUCGGUGAGCUGAAACAUAUGUAUAAGAGGAAUUAAAAAAUAUUGAGAAAAUUUGAUCAUUUAAAAAAUUUUUAUGUAAAAUCUUUCGACAUAAUAUUUAUGUCAUACCGAUGGUAUUUUCCACUAAUAAUAAAAUAUGAAAAAAUACUAAUUACAUCAUCAAUGAGGUAUAUCACACAUACAGUUAUAUAUAUCGAUCAUCCAAUAACUUUAUUUAAAUCAUGUUUACAGUACAAUUUGCCAUGUACUCAAUGACAUCAACAAACAUGCAAUCUUUUGUCUUCGCAUUUGUAAUAAUGUGUGUUACUGUAUGCAUCUUGUGUAAGUAAAAUAAAUGAAAAAUCAUUCCUGUAA